AUGGCUAUGACCCUCAUCCUAACGGGCUCGACAAGCUUCGUUGGCCGCAAAGUCCUCGAGCAAUGUCUACAGAACACAUCCAUCACGUCCAUUGCCAAUCUAUUCCAUCGUGUUCUUCCCGCUGCGGUUUCCAGUAAUCCAAAGCCGACGGUUCGGAUUGUCGAUGAUUUCUAA